CCAUCACUGUGCGAAAAUAUAACCCUCGUGGUGGCCGACAAUUCCACGAGCCAUCGAUUCCUCGCUCAUUUCAACUUCUCGCAAGGAAUUGCCCACGUGCCUAUCUUCAGAAUGGCCGCCCACAACACCUCCCUCCAGCAUGGUGUGUUGCGCAACGACGACCCCGCUCUCGACAUCAACCAUGAGCACCACCAUGAGCACGUGCACCACAGUGCGCGCGCUGCUCACGAGGGGAACGACGUGCCUGCCUACACGGUCGGCACCACAGACGACAGGACCAUAGUCCCUAACCCCAGUGCUCAUGAGCAAAAUCUCCACCACCGUCACAACCAUGUCGGGCACGACAUGGAGAAGGCUGGCGGAAUCGAUUUCGAAGAAAAGGGUACACGCAGCUCUUCGAGUCCCGAGGGCGAAGUAGAGAUGGAGAAGAAGAGCAAAUGGUCGCCAUCUGGUAUUUACAGCAAGGCUAGACUGCCUGUUCACAUUCUCAUCGGCGCUCUUUUCACCGGAUGGUGGAUUGCGAGUCUGGUCAUUCACCGCCAUGACAAGAACUGGGUCAUUCCUUUCCUGUUCUGGCUGGCCAUCAUGAUUCGAUUGAUCACCCUCCAUGUGCCGACCACCAUUGUCACCAAGCCCAUGAAAUUCGUCUGGAACAACACCGGAGUCAGAAUUGGAAACAUGGUUCCCCAGAAGAUGCGUGUCCCUGCAGCUGCCGCUCUUACCAUCGGUGUUAUUAUCGUUGGAUCAUUCGCCAGCAAGGAGAGCGAGGACAACACACGUGCCAACCGUGCUGUCUCCCUCUUCGGCCUGCUCGUCUUCAUUGUUGGAUUCUACGCCACCUCCCGCAACCGUUCCAAGAUCAACUGGCACACCGUCAUUGUGGGCAUGUUGAUGCAGUUCAUCAUCGCGCUCUUCGUCCUGCGAACUGGCGUUGGUUAUGACAUCUUCGCUUUCAUCUCCGAGCUUGCUCGCGACCUGUUGCACUUCGCCAACGCCGGUGUCAUCUUCCUGACGGACGCCACUGUUCCCAACCUACCCUGGUUCUUCACUGGUGUAAUUCCGCCCAUCAUCUUCUUCGUCUCUUUCGUCCAGCUCUUGUACUACUGGGGUGUUCUCCAGUGGUUCAUUGGAAAAUUCGCCGUCUUCUUCUUCUGGGCCUUGAAAGUGUCUGGUGCCGAGGCCGUCGUCGCUUCUGCUUCUCCCUUUAUCGGUCAGGGUGAAUCUGCCAUGUUGAUUAAGCCUUUUGUCGCUCAUCUCACCAUGGCCGAAUUGCACCAGGUCAUGUGCUCCGGAUUCGCGACCAUCGCUGGUAGUGUGUUGGUGGCCUACAUCUCCAUGGGACUUAACGCUCAGGCUUUGAUCUCGUCCUGUGUGAUGAGUAUUCCCGCCUCUCUCGCCUUCAGCAAGCUGCGAUACCCCGAGGAGGAGGAGACUCUCACGGCUGGACGCGUUGUUAUCCCCGACGACGAUGAGCACAAGGCUGCCAACGCCCUCCACGCCUUCGCCAACGGUGCUUGGCUCGGUAUCAAGAUUGCCGGUAUGAUCAUCUGCACACUGCUUUGUAUCAUUGCGCUCCUGAACUUGGUCGACGGUCUUCUUACCUGGUGGGGACGCUACAUCAACUUGGAUGGCGAGUACGACCUUACGCUUGAGCUUAUUCUUGGCUACGUCUUCUACCCCGUGGCUUUCUUGCUCGGUGUGUCUCGCGAGGGCAAGGAUCUACUUCUCGUCGGUCGCCUCAUCGGUAUCAAGGUCAUCACCAACGAGUUCGUCGCCUUUACCAACCUCGUCGCAAAGGACGACCCUACGUCCGAGUACCACUCUCUCUCCCCACGAUCGCGUGUCAUUGCAACCUACGCUCUCUGCGGUUUCGGUAACAUCGGAUCCCUCGGUACCCAGAUCGGUGUGCUCAGCCAGAUCAGCCCUGGACGCAGUGGUGAUGUUUCUCGUCUUGCGAUGUCGGCCCUGGUUUCGGGUGUCUUCUCCACGUUGUCCAGUGCCGGUAUUGCCGGUUUGGUUAUCGUUGACCAGGGCAAGUUCUCGAGCGGUGCUUAAAUUGGGUUGUAAAAAAGCGUGCAUGGUGGUCGUUCGUCGACGCAUCUCUCGCUAAAUGGUCCUCAAUGUAAAGUUAGUUGUUUGGUGCGUAAUAUACCCAGUAGCGGAUCUC